UCCCUCCCCGACCCGCGUCGUGCCUCUGCACAACCUGUUUGAGCGGAGGAGAGGCCAUCCUCCGGCUCCUCAGGGCUGGCCUCCGGGGAAGCGUCGGGAGCCGACCCUAACGCCUCGUCUGCUGCCGGGGAACGCAGGCCAUGGACCGCUAGGUGACGGCGGGGCGCCCGAGGAGGGACCUGGAGCUCGGGACGCUGACGGGGCUGCCUCGGAGGAGGACCGUGAAUUGCGGCCGCAUCCCUACCCCCGACUAAUUGGGCGUUGAGAUAGAUUGCGUGGGGCACCAUGACGCUGAGGCUCUUGGAAGACUGGUGUAGGGGGAUGGACAUGAACCCUCGGAAGGCGCUGUUGAUCGCCGGCAUCCCCCAGUCCUGUAACGCGGCCGAAAUCGAGGAGGCUCUGCGCGCCGGGCUAGCGCCCUUGGGCGAGCACAGGCUGCUGGGGAGGAUGUUCCGGAGGGACGAGAACAGGAAGGUGGCCUUAGUGGGGCUUACCCAGGAGACUAGUGUUGCUCUGGUCCCGAAGGAGAUACCCGGGAAAGGGGGGAGUUGGAGAGUGAUCUUUAAGCCCCCUGACCCGGAAAAUGAGUUUCUAACCAGGCUAACCGCAUUCUUAGAAGGAGAGGGCAUGACAUUGGGGGAGCUGACCAGAGCUUUUGGGUAUGGGAACGACCCUCUUGACCCAGACCAGAACCCCAUCCCAGAAGCGCGGGCCCCCCUGUUGGCACAGGCGCUAGAUGAGGCUCUUCAGCCUGCCCUGCAAUACCUGAGCUACAAAAAGCUGAGGGUAUUCUCGGGCAAUGACCCCCCAAGGCCUGGCGAAGAAGACUUUGAAUCCUGGCUGUUUCACACCACUCAGAUGAUGAAGGGCUGGCAGGUGUCAGAUGCUGAGAAAAGACGGCGAUUGAUAGAGAGCCUUAGAAGCCCAGCCUAUGAUGUCAUUCGUGUCCUCAAGAUAAACAACCCUUUCAUUAAGGUCCCUGAAUGCCUGAAGGCUCUUGAGCAGGUUUUUGGGCUUAUUAAUAAUCCUAGGGAGAUGCAGAUCCAAUAUCUGAGGACGCACCAGGAUGAGGAAGAGAAAUUGUGUGCUUACAUACUAAGGCUGGAGCCUUUGUUACAGAAACUGCUAAAGAGAGGAACGAUUGAGGGAGAGUUUGUGAAUCGGGCCCGCCUGGACCAAAUCAUUGCUGGAUUAGCGGACAAAUCGCAGCGCAAGCGGCUUGCUCAGCUGGCGGAGAACGGCGUAGCCCCUGGCUUGUUAGACCUCCUGCAGCUGAUAAAGGUUCAAGAGGCGAGUGACUCAGAGAAAGAGGAGGUGGUUCUCCAGGCAAAGUUGAUAGAGGGACAUUACACCUGAGUCUCAGGAAGCCAGGGAAGGACAGUGACAGUCGGCAGGGCAUGGAGGUAGAAUAGUCCAUAUACCACCGUGGUAGACAUUAACCAAGCCCUACCUUGUGAUGCCCAGUUCUCAGUACAAAUCCAUUGUCAGUUGUGUGCCUAUUUAAGGUCUCCUAAACGUAUCGUUGACUAGGAAGACUAGUUCUGCACUGGUGUUUAUAUAUUUAAAUUCACCCCGGCGAAUGUAUCUUCACACAAAACUGUACAGAGUCCUAUCACUGCAUGUGUGCACUGCUCUGAGAGGAAGGCAGGGGUCACGUCCCUCUGCUGACCUGAGCUUACGGAGAUAUCAGCUUGUGUGGUAGCAGGUGCACGUGUCGCAUGUCACGUGAUUAUGUAUCAGCUUGUGGGUGUCUGUGGCCCUCCAUUUAUCACGAUUGUGAGCAGCGGUUAAGACAUUUUCUAUGUGAACCAGAAUUUUGUUGAUUCUGUGCCAUCAAGAGACAGAACUAAAUGCUGAAGUUCACUUUGCGGCUUCCAUCUCUAACCUCAGGUUCCUGAUGUGUGUCAUCCUAUGCCUAGCUGUGAAUAUCAUCUUAAUAGGUGUUAUAAAAUUAUAAGUAUGAACUUAUAAAAUAAAGGAAUGCUGAUGAAAUGA